AUGUCGCGUAAGUCUAUCCGCCUACGGGAAAAGAAAAUCAAGGCUGAACUUGAACCAAAAGAGGAAGUCCUGACGGCUCCCACCACCGGCAAACGAGGACGCAAACGUAAAGUUCCUGAAGAGGAUGGAUCCGCAACACCUGCUAAAGCACCUAAAGCGGCACCUAAAACGCCUGGAAGAGGUCGUGUUGCUCAUGCAAAAGUGAAGCUGUCAUACACUGAUUACGUAUCAAGUGAAGUCGGAGAAAGAGUGUUGUCAUGUGGAGAGGGCGAACAACUUGGCCAUCCUGGUCGCACGACUACGAAGAAACCGCGAAAAGUUGUCGCUGGAGGUGUGCAUUCUGCUCUUCUAACAGCAGAUGGUGAAGUUUAUAUGUGUGGAAUUAAUGAACAGGGAACGGUUCCUGCUAUAGUUCAUCCAAUUGUUAGGAUGUUGAACCCCGAAGGAAGACUGGCAAAUUCACCAGAGUUGAUUCCGAAGAACAUCGCUUUGCCAAGGAAAGGUAUGAUCGUUAUGUUGGCCGCUGGCGCAAGCUUUACAGCAGCUCUUACUGACAAAGGAUCCGUGAUUGCUUGGGGAAAUCUAAGAGUGAGUCAGCAAACUUCAUUAUUUGGUCUUCUAAGCUCAAACGAUACCAGUGGAGAAAUCAAUGUGCACCCACUUCUGACCAAGAUGAAGGAUCACCCAGUUGUUGUGAUUCAUUACAAGAAAAGAGUGAUCAUUGCUGCUGGUGAAAAUCAUCUUGUCAUGCUGGAAGAGGACGGAAAAGUUCUUACUUUUGGUGAUGGUAAAAUGGGCCAGCUGGGAAGAAGCAAGAGAACAGGCUCCAUAAGACCUCAAUACAUGGUUGAUGAAGACGGUAGAUCCUUUAAUACUGAUACUACAAGACAAAAAGAGAAAGGACAUUGUUAUAAAGCUUCCGAAGAAGACAAGCGAGAACUUCGUAUUUUCACACCAGGUGUUGCCGAGGCAUUACUUAGGCAAAUCAUGGACAAAGAUGGACAAGUCUACGGAAUCGGAAAAAAUACGGACAACGCCCUUGGUCUCGGAACGUGGACUGGAAACGAUGAUUCAGAACAUUGGAAGUACUCCACCUUGGAACGCAUUAAAUUCCCACGAGAAGCUGGAAAAAUCGCUGGAACGACAGCUAAAUUAGGUUGUUCGAUAGCAUGGACAGAACAUGGAGAUGCUUAUGCGUGGGGUUGUGACACUAGCGGUCAACUUGGCCUGGGAUUAAAGGAUGACGAUGAUAAGGUCGUGCCAACGCCACAAAAAAUAACGUCAGCGCAUUUGGAUGGGUACAAAAUUAUCUGUGCCUCAAUUUCUGACAAUCACUGUCUAUUCUUGGCCAAAAAAGCAUGA